GUCAACGAGGACAAUUAUCAUGUGUUCGGCGAUGACCUGGAGGGUGCCAGAAGCCCUCUCCAGUCAGCUGUCGAGAACAGCCAUCUAUAUCUAAUUGAUCUGCUGCUUAAGUAUGGUUCUGACGUCAACACUCCUGCCACCAGACGCCAUGGGGCAACCGCUUUACAGCUUGCAGCCAUCGGGGGGAGGCUAGGAAUUCUGAGAACGUUGAUCGACCACGGAGCCGAUAUCAAUGCACCCGGUGCUGAAUGCGGAGGUCGCACAGCACUGGAGGGUGCAGCAGAGCAUGGGAGAAUCGAUAUGAUCCAGUAUCUUCUUAGUAUAGGGGCGCGGACAACGGACAGAGAUCGCCUGCAGUACCUCCGCGCGAUUAGGUACGCCCAGAUAGAAGCGCACGAAGUCGCGGCAAACUUUAUCAGAGGUCACAGAGAAUGGACGACAGACGACCACUGUUUAUGGACAGCAUUGAAGGGGCUAUGUCGUCGGGAAUUGGGAUCCUUUAAGGAGAAGACACAAGAUAUACCGUCGUCAUUGAAUGCGAUGGGUGACAUCAUUGCUCUCAAGGAUAACGAGGUGGAACACCCGUCGACAAAGAGCGGCUCAGACCACUUGGGGUCUAUGGAGGACGUUUACGACUCUACAGAAGGAAUGGAGCCGCUCGAUGACCUGCAGGAUCUAAUAAUGAGGACGAAUGAUCCAAUGGUAUUCAUGAUGGGGGAGAUGUGA